AUGGAGAACGACCAAGACGAAACUCCCUUCGUGCCUGUCGAUGCACUGCCGCUCAGCGUCCGGCCGCUCUUCCCGUACCGCCAGUUCAACGCGAUGCAGUCGCAGUGCGUCGACGUUGCCUACUGCAGCGACCGGCACCUCGUGCUGUCUGCGCCAACUGGGUCGGGCAAGACGGCCGUGCUGGAGAUGUGCCUGGCGCGGCUGUGGUCGAGCGAGGCGUGGUGCGCCGAAGCACGAGGCUCGCGCGCUGCUGCCGUGUACAUCGCACCACUCAAGGCGCUCACUGCGGAGCGGCUCGACGACUGGCGGCAAAAGCUCGCCGGGAGCGAGAUCCAGAUUUGCGAGCUCACAGGCGACGCGGAGGCGGACCAGGAAGCAGCGGCCGAGCGAGCCGACCUCAUCGUGGCGACGCCCGAAAAGUGGGAUGCCUUCACGCGGUUCCGCCGCUCGGCACACAGUGUCCUCGCCCGCGUCAGUCUGGUCCUCGUCGACGAGAUCCACCUGCUGGCCGAUGAGAGCCGUGGGCCGACGCUCGAGGCGGUCAUCGCGCGGAUGAAGCUGCACGCGCAGAGCCCGGACACUCGAACCUGUCCCAUCGCGUCGCUCCGCCUCGUCGGAGUCUCGGCCACCAUCGCCAACCUCGAAGACAUUGGAGCCUGGUUCGGACCGCAGUGCGCAAUCCUGGAGUUUGAUUCCGCCUUCCGGCCGGUGCCGCUCUCGUGGCACGUGCUCUCUUGGCAGAUGAACAUCACGUACCGGUUCGACGAGGAGCUGCGCAGGCACGUGUUCCAGGUGGUGCGCAGCCACUGCAACAGCCGACCGACCAUGGUCUUCUUCAACUCGCGCGAGAAUGCG